AUGAAAGCGAAGAAGGAUACUCGCAAGAAAGGUGAGUAUUUUCACUUUAAAAAUAAUUUUGAAAAAUUUAGAGCCGUAAACUUUUUGAAAUGGUUUUGUGUAAUCAAUUUUUUCAAUUUUCUAUUUUAAAUUUUCUUACAGUUGAAUGAAUGUUUUCCCGAUUUUCAAAAUUGUAAACCAUCUGAAAUUUCGAUUAAUAUAUCUAUAGAAUCUAUUUUCAUACCGAACUUUCCUAAUCCAGAAUUCUAAUUAAAUUCCGGAGUUUCUAUUUCAAAAAUUUUGAGCCAGUGACGUUUUCAUAAUAAAAAAAGAAAAAAAAAACAUUUCCGAUUCACCUCAAAACAUCAAGUUCAAAAAUGACCUAAUCGACCAAUUUUUGAUAAAAAUGUUGAUAGAGCAGAGUUCAAAAUUUGAUUGCUGCUAAUUUUUAUUUUUAUUUUUUUGAAAAAUUUUGCUCAAACUGUGUAAGUUUGUCAAGUUUAGCCAGCUUCAAAAUUGGUCUCGCAUUCCGAAAGUUUGAAAAUUUUCCGGAUAGCAAUCACUUUUUGAUAAAAAAUAUCGGGAGCAAUGUUCAAAAAAAUUUCCUCUCAUUUUUUUCCCAACUUUUAUUAUAAAUAAAUAAUCGCAUUUUCUGCAGAUAACAACAAUACAUUCAUUACAAUGUCCACAAUUUCCGACAAACUUCCAACUGAUCAGAAUUAUUUAUCUCCACCUCAACCGCCAGAACCAACUAAAAUUUGUGGCCUGGUUACUGUACAUAAAGGUGAGUAACUAUAUACUUUUUUGUAUUUUUUAUUUGACUAUUUAUGAAAAAGGAACAGAUUAUCUGAAAAAUAAAUAAAAUGAAAUUGUGAUGAUCAAAAUCGAUGAUCAUCACAAUGGAGAAAAUCAAUUAGAGUUCAACAAAAAAUUCUAUUUUUAGUCGCAAUAUUUGGUAUCACAUUCAAUGCCAUCACAUUAUUCACAUUGUAUGUUUACGCGUUGAUUCGACUCAUUCAGAAAACACCCACGAAUUAUGUCGAAAUUAUUGGUUGGUUUUUUUUUUUGGAAACUUGAAGAAUGUACUGGGAAGGCUAAAAAACUGAAAUCCUGAAAAUAAGAUUUUCUUACUGUAAUUAUUAAAAAGUUCCGAAACAAAAUAAAAAUUUGAAUUAAAGUUUUAAGAAGCUCAACUUCAGUGUCAUCAGAACUUGAAAAAAUUUUCAAAAUUUCAAAAAAAAAAUGGAAAAAUUAUACUUUGUGAGGCGACAUUUAUUUUUUAUCACAUGUUCACAAUUUUUAUCAAAAUCUUUGCUCAACAAAAUAAAUAUUUGUAAAAAUCAAUGACCAAAAAAAAUUUGGAUCUGAUCGGGGAAAGAAGGCUUGGGAACGAAAACAGUUUUUGGAAAAAAAAAACGGUUUCGAUUUUUUUGAAGUCCACGGUAGAAUUAAAACUUUCUUUUCAGAAAAAGAAGGUUCAGAAUUUAGAGGACUAUUAGAAUCUCGGAUUUUAUUGAAGCACAAGAAGCUGACGAUUUAAAAUUUUCAAAAAAUAUAACUUUUUUGAAUUUUGAAAGAAAACCCCCAUUAUAAUCGAAAACCUUUUUUCUAUACCCCUAAAAAACAAGUCAAUAAUUUUCUUAUCAGCUCAAUUCUGAGCAUGAAUAAGCACGUGGCAAACACUUGAAAAUUUCGAAAUAUUGAACAUCUGUGGGAUUUUUGUUAUGAUUCCUAAACGUUGACACUCGAGCAGUGUUGGGCUGACAAUGAGGGAUCAGAUUCGCUAGAAAUAAAUUAUUCAACAAAAAUGAACUGAAAACCAUAUUUUCAGUAAUCUCCUCAAUCCUCAUCUGCAUUCUCAUUCUGUUCACCCUCCUCUUCAUCCUCGCCAUCUUCCGUACCAAACCAAAACUUCUACUUCCCUACAUAAUCUUCAGUACCGUCCUAUUUUUCGCUUUCGCCGGAGCGGUCAUCGCCUCAGUUAUUACUGUAGCAGAUGAAAUUCGGGAUGAAGUAAAUGGAGAGGAUCGGACUUAUAAAAUCGUGGAUAUUAUUUUGAUUCGUCUUGCAUUUAUUGCGUUUGGUUUAAUUCAAAUUCUAUUUAUUUACUCGUAUAUUCGAACUUUUAUGGAUGUUCGACGCCUUAACUUUUUCAAUCGUCGUUAA